AUGUUGGUCCCGGCGAUUGCCGCAAAGCCGAUAUCUAGAUGGGAUGAUCAUCCGUCGUUCGCUUUCCCGCCUAUUAACAUAACAAACAGUCUAGACAGCAACAACAAGCUGUACCAAGAGCUAGACCACCGAGAAGACCGCUUGUCGUUCCACCUGGACGCCUAUCUCCAUAAUAGCCUUGAGGGGGAUAUUGUUGAGGGUACUGGCCUUGAGGGUAUUGACCCUGAGGGUACAUAUAUUGGCCUUGUGGAUAUUGAUUAUAGCCAGAAUAUUGGCCCUGUCCAGGCGGGUAUUGCCCUUGGCCGGGAAAAGGGCCCUGCUGUUGCUGGUUAUAAUACCCCAUUUGUGGCCCUGGUUGAUAAUAUGCCUGUUGACCUGACGGACCCUGGAUGCCCUCUUGAUAGUUGCUUGACUGGCCCUGUUGGUAUCCUUCGUAACCCCCGUAUCCCCCGUAUGUGGGUUUAG